GACUUAUGUGAGCUUGUUUUGUUUGUUUGUUAUUCUCUGUUCAGCUUUCACUCCUGCUAAUAUUACUGCUAGCAUCAAUUCUAUUCCUAUGCUGAAUGGCACUAACUUCAAGUCUUGGCAAGAGAACCUCUUGAUAGUUCUUGGAGUCAUGGAUAUUGACCUUGCGUUAAGGGCUGAUUCUCCACCAUCUCUUACAGAUAAGAGUACCUCUGAUGACAAGAGGGAGAAAGAAAGGUGGGAGAGAUCAAAUCGCAUGUGUAUGAUGAUCAUGAAGAAAGCCAUUCCUGAAGCAUUCAGGGGCACAAUAUCUGAAACAAUUACUACGGCUAAGGAGUUCCUUGCAGACAUUGAAAAGAGAUUUGUCAAGAACGAAAAGGCUGAAAUAGGUACGCUCUUGACAAGUCUAAUUUCAAUGAGGUAUAAGGGGAAAGGCAAUAUCAGGGAGUACAUCAUGGAGAUGUCUCAUCUUGCUUCCAAGCUGAAAGCACUUAAGCUUGAACUCUCUGAGCACUUGCUGGUGCAUCUGGUUUUGAUAUCCCUUCCGACACAGUUUAAUCAGUUUAAGGUGAGCUACAACUGUCAGAAAGAGACUUGGUCUCUGAAUGAGCUCAUCUCACACUGUGUUCAGGAAGAGGAAAGGCUGAAGCAAGAUAAGGUAGAAAGUGCUCACCUGGCCUCAACCUCUAAGGACAAGAACAAGGGACAGAAAAGAAAGAAGGGUAAGGAAGCUGCAGAUACAGCAUCUCAGAAGAAACAACAAAAGAAAUCGGAUCAGCCGGCAGGUACUAGUUGUUUCUUCUGUGGAGCUGAAGGGCAUCAGAAGAAGCAUUGCACCAACUAUCACGCAUGGCGUGCUAAGAAAGGGUUGCCUGAGUUGCCGAGAGCCAAGUGAUGGUGAAAGAUACAUCUAUGUGGGCGAUGGCAAGACAGUUCGAGUUGAGGCAAUAGGGAAAUUUAGAUUAUUGUUAAAGACUGGAUUUUAUUUGGAUCUUAAUGAAACUUUUGUUGUACCGUCUUUUAGACGGAAUUUGAUUUCUGUUUCUAUUUUGGACAAAUUUGGUUAUUCUUGUUCAUUUGGAAAUGGAAAAUUCAGUUUGUUUCAUGAUUCAAAA